AGACUGUACCCGGAGCGGAGCGAGCCAGAAGGGAGCAUGGUCCCCGCGCAGCGGCCGCGCCAACCCCCGCGCCGCCGCCGCUGCCUCUGUCCCCGCCACCGCCGAUCCAGCCGCAGCUCCAGCCCCGGCCCCGGCUCCGCAGCGCCCGUUCUCAACCGCGGCGACCGCCGAGCCUAAGCGGAGCCCGCGCCCCAAGCCGGGAGCCAGCCCCAGCCCCGCGGCCGCCGCGGCUGCGGGGAGAGGGCGGGGGCGAUGCUGCCGGAGCCGCAGCCACCGCCGCCGCCUCGAUGAGAGCCACGCCGCACCGCGCAUAGCCGCACAGGCUGACAGGCGGAAGGUCUGACUUCCUUCUCCCGGGCAUCCUCCCUGGGCUGCCGGGAGGCGGCGGCGGAGGAGGAGGAGAAGGGAGAGAAGGCGGAGAGCAGGAACGCGAGGAGGUGGACCUGGAUCCGUUUCUCCCGGCCAGGACGCGAGCGGCCCCAGCUACCGCUACCCGCCGGCGCUGUGCCCCAUCCAUCAGCCCUCCUGCGCCCAUCCGCGACCCUGGGCUCUCUGCGCGUCGGGCCGGGGCCGGAACGGCGCGGCCGCAGAUCGUCUGGCUUCCUCGUGAUGCUAAUGCUUUGCUAAGUGCUGGUGGCCAUCGAAGUUUUUGCAUCCUGGGGACGAAUCCGGAUCUCACCAGAGACGGACGGCGCAAGGUCCGGGCUCUGGUUCCCUGUGAGAAGCCUCUGCGGCCCACCGAGAUGUCCAGGCACCAUAGUCGCUUCGAAAGAGAUUACCGCGUGGGCUGGGACCGCCGUGAGUGGAGUGUCAAUGGGACCCAUGGGACCACCAGCAUCUGCAGUGUCACAUCUGGUGCUGGUGGUGGCACAGCCAGCAGCCUCAGUGCCCGACCAGGACUCCUGCCACUGCCAGUGGUACCCUCCCGGCUGCCCACACCCGCCACGGCACCUGCUCCCUGCACCACUGGCAGCAGUGAGGCCAUCACCAGUCUCGUGGCCAGCUCUGCAUCAGUGGUCACCAAGGCUCCUGGCAUCUCCAAAGCAGACAGUCAGCCCCAGGGACUCACGACCAGCAUCAGAUGGGGACAGACGCCCAUCAAUCAGUCUACACCCUGGGACACUGAUGAGCCACCCUCCAAACAGAUGAGGGAGAGCGACAAUCCAGGCACAGGGCCAUGGGUGACCACGGUGGCCGCCGGGAACCAGCCUGCCCUGAUCGCACACUCCUAUGGAGUGGCCCAGCCUCCCUCCUUCAGCCCUGCUGUGAACGUCCAGGCCCCGGUCAUCGGGGUGACUCCCUCACUGCCUCCUCAUGUGGGGCCCCAGCUCCCACUGAUGCCAGGCCACUACUCACUCCCACAACCGCCCUCCCAACCACUGAGCAGUGUGGUGGUGAACAUGCCUACCCAGGCUCUGUAUGCCAACCCUCAGCCCCUGGCUGUGUCCACUUUGCCUGGCGUGGGGCAGGUAACUCGCCCGGGACCUACCGCUGUGGGCAACGGCCACAUGGCAGGGCCCCUGCUGCCUCCACCUCCUUCAGCCCAGCCGUCUGCCGCUCUCCCCAGCAGUGCUCCUGCCACCAACGGGCCCCCCACAACAGACUCAGCCCACGGGCUGCAAAUGCUGCGGACCAUUGGAGUGGGGAAGUAUGAGUUCACCGACCCAGGGCACCCCAAAGAAAUGUUGAAGGAAUUGAACCAGCAGCGCAGAGCGAAAGCGUUUACAGACCUGAAAAUUGUUGUUGAAGGCAGAGAGUUUGAAGUCCACCAAAAUGUUCUAGCUUCCUGCAGCUUGUAUUUCAAGGACCUGAUUCAAAGGUCUGUGCAGGAUGGCAGCCAGAGCGGCCGAGAGAAGCUGGAGCUGGUGCUGUCCAACCUGCAGGCUGACGUGCUAGAGCUACUGCUGGAGUUCGUCUAUACCGGCUCGCUGGUCAUCGACUCGGCCAAUGCCAAGACUCUGCUGGAGGCAGCCAGCAAGUUCCAGUUCCACACCUUCUGCAAAGUCUGUGUGUCCUUUCUCGAGAAGCAGCUGACCGCCAGCAACUGCCUGGGCGUGCUGGCCAUGGCUGAAGCCAUGCAGUGCAGCGAGCUCUACCACAUGGCCAAGGCCUUUGCGCUACAGAUCUUCCCUGAGGUCGCAGCCCAGGAGGAGAUCCUCAGCAUCUCUAAGGACGACUUCAUCGCCUAUGUCUCCAAUGACAGCCUCAAUACCAAGGCUGAGGAGCUGGUCUAUGAGACAGUCAUCAAAUGGAUCAAGAAGGACCCUGCAGCACGUGCACAGUAUGCAGCUGAGCUCCUAGCAGUCGUCCGCCUCCCAUUCAUCCACCCCAGCUACCUGCUCAAUGUGGUGGACAACGAGGAGUUAAUCAAGUCAUCAGAAGCAUGUCGGGAUUUGGUCAACGAAGCCAAACGCUACCAUAUGCUGCCCCAUGCCCGCCAGGAGAUGCAGACACCCCGAACCCGGCCGCGCCUUUCUGCAGGUGUGGCCGAGGUUAUCGUUUUGGUUGGGGGCCGGCAGAUGGUGGGGAUGACCCAGCGCUCACUGGUGGCCGUCACGUGCUGGAACCCACAAAACAACAAGUGGUACCCCCUGGCCUCGCUUCCUUUCUAUGAUCGCGAGUUCUUCAGUGUAGUGAGUGCUGGGGACAACAUCUACCUCUCAGGUGGUAUGGAAUCAGGGGUGACGCUGGCUGAUGUCUGGUGCUACAUGUCCUUGUUGGAUAAUUGGAACCUGGUCUCCAGAAUGACAGUCCCUCGCUGUCGGCACAAUAGCCUGGUCUAUGAUGGGAAGAUUUAUACCCUCGGGGGACUUGGUGUGGCGGGCAACGUGGACCACGUUGAGAGAUAUGACACUAUCACCAACCAAUGGGAGGCAGUGGCCCCUCUGCCCAAGGCAGUGCACUCAGCAGCUGCCACUGUGUGUGGUGGCAAGAUCUACGUGUUUGGAGGGGUGAAUGAAGCAGGCCGAGCUGCAGGUGUCCUUCAGUCCUAUGUGCCACAGACCAACGCGUGGAGCUUCAUUGAGUCCCCAAUGAUCGACAACAAGUAUGCACCUGCUGUCACCCUCAAUGGCUUUGUGUUCAUCCUGGGAGGAGCUUAUGCCAGAGCCACCACCAUCUAUGACCCAGAAAAAGGCAACAUCAAGGCGGGCCCAAACAUGAAUCACUCUCGCCAGUUCUGCAGUGCAGUGGUGCUGGAUGGUAAGAUUUACGCAACUGGAGGCAUCGUGAGCAGCGAGGGGCCGGCUCUGGGCAACAUGGAAGCCUACGAGCCCACAACCAACAUGUGGACCCUCCUACCCCACAUGCCCUGCCCUGUGUUUAGACACGGCUGCGUCGUGAUAAAGAAAUACAUUCAAAGCGGCUGACAUCAACAGAAAGCCCAGGACAAGUCUGUGGACAAGUCUGGUGAGGCAAAUGCCACACACCAUGGUAAUCUUUCAGCAACACCAAUGAGAGGCCCACAAAACACAAUCAAGAAACUCACUACGCUAAACAUUUCGAAUAUUCUCUACAUUGAAUGUAGAAAAUCAUCCUCGCCUUUUGGGUGAAUUCGGGGCACAGCGCUCCUGGCAGCAGGAACCUGAAAAACAUGGAGCCAGGGCUCGCUGGCCAGCGGAGGCGUUUGCUCUGAACAGGGGGCACUCACUCUGCCCGGUGCAAUAGUUUCACAUAUUUUUCAUCGGGGAGAGAAGCUGUUUUUUUCUUCUUGCAGAGCAAGCUUGAUCCCUAAACCACCAUAGAUCAGUUAUCCUAUGACAAUAUUAGGCAUCAGGCUCUUUUGGAGUAAGGUCAAAGUGUCCUUAUCACUUUGAGUCCUACUUUUGUUUUUUUUUUUAACCAAUCUACACUUUGAAGUGGCCAAGAGAAAAAGAGGGACAGGACUGUGCAGCACCAAGGCCUAGGAGGCUGCUGGUCCCCACAGGGACAGAAGAGCUGUCUGGCCACGUGCGCAGAGCCAGGGCUGGCAGCCGCAGGGACUGCUGGGGAGAGCCAUCUGUCCUUCACGGGUUUUUCUACAGAAGGACAUGGAGGCCAUGCUAGCUUUCUCUUAGCCAGUAUGAAUUAUUUAGAUUUCCGAGGCAUUUUCUUGAUACACAAAAGGCUAUUUUUAAGUAUUGAGAGGAGGAGACCACAAGAGGGAGAACGUUGUAGGAAUUCCCAAAGCUCUUUGUAGGUAGUGCCGGAGCGGGGGCACUUGCUCUCACUUUUUCUAUUGCAGAAUAGAGGAUCUCUCCUGGGGUGGGCAAUGCCCCCACUUUAUUUUUGAAAAAAGUAACUCCCAGACAUCCCCAGAAGACUGUGCCUCAUGGAGGCAUUGUCAAAGGGAAGGAUCUAUUCUAGAAGGACGUAGAAGGACAUAGAUUCUGACAUCAGUCCAGCUCCCUCCAUGAGGUAAAGCUGAGGACCUAGGCCCAGGGAAGGGACCGAGGGAGGGAGGGAGGGAGAAGAGAUGUCUACAAAGCACAGGAGACUAUUUUUGAUAUUAAUAGCUAUAUAUUCAAGGCACCUGCCACAAGAGCUCUCAGGAUGGGGACAGCCUUCUUAGAUGAGCCAUGACAGCCACGGCCUGAGGAGCACGAGCAGAAUCACUCUUCUUAUCAAAUAUUAACCUGAGAAAAGGGAAGCCAGGAGGGAGGUCACAGUGAAGCUCAAAAGAGAAAGGCCUUCCUGCUAGUCCUUACCCUCCAACCUCACCCGGUCAUCAGUUUCCAUUCCAGGACAGGAAGAAGGCCACCGCCACCACACUGUUUAGUUGAAGUUAGUACCAAAUACACACUUGCCAUUUUUCUACCUGGGAAGUCAGCUCGCCAUUACUUCACAAUAAGAACCAUUGACAAAGAGAAAGAGGACAUGCUUUCCAUCAUUCAGUAUUCGAUGACAAAAUCCCAGUCCUAACGUUGGGCAUCAACUUCUGGCACUACAAGUGUGGCUCACACUUGGACAAGACACUGAGCUUCGUUAUGCAGUUUUUACUAUUAUUUAUUAUUUUAAAAAAAGUAAUAAGCACAAAACUACAUACAUUGUAUGUCAUUUAAAGUAUUUAUGUCAAACAGGGUGCAAGUGUGAACCCAAGGACUGGAGCACAAAUUUCUAACUGCCUGGGGCAGGGCGAAUAUGAGCAUUGGUGUGCGUCUGCCUCCAAGGGAGGCACUAGUGGUCGACAAACUCCAUGCGGAUGACACUGAAAUUCCGUUUCUCUCCUCAUCUAUCACACUGGAGCAAAACUGGCUGUUUCUGUGAAUGAUAUAAAACAGGGUUCUCUGUAAUGGUAUUGUACAUAGUAUAUGUUUAUUGUUAAGUUCUUGUUAUAUUAUAAUAAAUAUAUUUAUAGAUCUAGA